CCAGUGGUUUCAUUCCAUGCCCACGAGCUGAGUAGUCCUGGGCACGACAGGGAGUUCAUGGAACGUCCACAACGAUCACCAGGUAACCAGUCACUGUUGCUGCUGGCUCUCCACUGCUGGGCUCUUUUGCUUCCAAGGGAAAAUGCCCAUGUUCCUCUGUUGGAUUCUGCUGUACUCCUGCGCUGGCCCUGAUACAAGUCCAAACAGCUGAGUGACUCACUCAUUCUUUGCACAGUCCUUAAGCUGUCUGUCUUUUUUCAGAUCUUGGCCAGUUCCUUGGUAUCCUAGCAACCAGCAGUAACUUUCCAAGCAGAACCCCAAGCAGACUGAUGCCAUGGUGAGCCAAUCACAUGCUCAUGCCUGUGACUUCCUAAUUUUAAGCCUAUCAGAGUGUGUUAUUAUAGAUCCCUAAGACGACUAUACCUUGGAACUAACUUCAUUGUGUUGAGGCCACCUCAGUGCUCACAGCUACUGGUCUCUCAAGGCUGGAGACGAAAAGAAAGAUGAGUUUCUCCCUUACAUUUUCGGAGCUGGCGAACAUUGCGAUUGGCACACCUGAGGUGGGCAAUGUCAACUUCAAUGCCCUGCACAUUCUGCUGCACAGCAUUCUGGAGCACCUCCAGCUCCAGGACAUCAGGAAGGAGAUCUUGGAGGAGGAGAAGGAUUUCCUCAAACCUUCCUCUGGCUUAACACUGAAAAAGGGGCCCAUGCAGCAGGCUGAUGUGGAGGGGAAAUCCAGCUCACUCUUCCACCAGAUGCAGCAGAGGCUGGGGAGGAUUGAAAGCCAGCUGAUUCACUUGAAUGACACCCCUUCCACAGCAGAACUGCUGACCAGGAGCCAAUCCUUCAACAAGCCAGCUGAGGACAUGUGGCAAAUGAUGCAGCUGAAGAAGAAGAUGGAAAUGAAUGAAGAAGGAAUGACAAAGGCUAUGAACACUCUGCAAGACCUGCUCACCAACAUCUACUCGCUGAAAACCACCGUUGACGCCUUCCAGAAUGAGCUGAGACUCUUGAAGGACAAGUUCCACAAAGACAGCAUGGGUGAAAUAGGUGAGCAGCUUGCACUACUGGAUCGGCACAGCCAGCUCAUCCAGACCAUCCUGGACAAAUUGGGUGACUUGCAGGAAGAGCUGAGCUCUUUCCCCAAGCAGGCAGACCUGGUACAAUGGAGCUGUCUCUUCAGGUCUCUUGCUGACAAGAGCCUCUCUGAACAAGGGCACAACCUGGAGUCCAAACAGGAAAUGGCCAGGGAGGCUCUAAGCAAGCUGAGCCAGCUUCCAGAGCAGCACAAGGCCUUGGAGACUCGUGUCAGCAAGCUGGAGAGCCAACUCCAAGAGCAAGCGGAUCAUAUAGCCAACAUGGGGAUCUCAGCUGACUUAGCUGCUGAACUGAAAAGAAUGCAAGAUGAAUUAAGCAGCCUUCAGAAUGAAGAAGAGAAGAGGCUGGACUUCCGAAAGAACACACUCACCCAGAUGCAGAAGCUGAAGGAGCAAUGUGAGAAGCUACAGAAAGUCACUGAGAGGCUCCUGAGCAACACAGGAGACAUCCAGAACCUGCAAGAGAUGGUGGAGCAGCUGGACCUGAAUAAAGCAGACAAAACCCUGCUUGAACAAGAGAUGAAUGUGAAAGCAGACAAGAGUGAGCUGGAGACCAAGGUGGACCAUGACGAACUGCAAAGUGCGACCACUCAGCUGAAUGAGGUGAUGCAGGACCUGCUGCAUAAGAUGUCCCUGCAGGACAAGGAGUGGCAGAAGGUUCUGGAGAAUCUGUUCAUCAACAUGGACUCCAAGCUGGACCGUGUGGCACUGGACCCCCUGCAAAAGCAACUGGAGGAAGUGUGGAAGUUCAUUAAGAAGUAUCUGAGCGAGGGCCCACACUUUGAUGCUGACAGCGCUGCUGGCUUUAAAAAGAAACUCUUUGAACGGGUGAAGUGCAUUUCCUGUGACAGACCAGUGAUGAUGACAACUGGGCCGCACCUGGUAACAGUCCGAAAGGCAAGGUUGUACUCCCGGACGCGCCCAGCCAGUGCCAACGGUUAUGAGUACCUAGCACAGAAACAGCAAAUGAGGGAACAAGCUCUGGAGAAGAAGGACAGGAGUGAAACAACCAGCCACGAGCAGCAGUCCUCGCAGCACUGCUGGCAGUGCCAAGCUCAUGCCACUUACCCUGCCGAGCGAUAUUCCAGUCCAAAGACUCUCACUACCAUUUACCCCUAUGGAGGCCCAACUGUCCUCACCUAUGAUAAUACUGAAGUUGAUAUUCUGGGCAUCAAUGGAGUUCUCUACAAGGGCAGGAUGAGCUCACAAGCUGCAAAAUGGGGCACCUCUCUAGACAAAGAAUUUCCAGCAUCUGUUGCCCGGACGAGGGCUGGAUCUGUAGGCGGUAAACAGCAGCCUUCCCAGGAGACUACCCUGGAUGUCCCCGUUCAGAGAGCGACCCCAUGGCCUCUGCCAGGAGACAGGGGCAUGGCUGGCAUGUGAGCCACACAGGGCAGCAGCAGCUCCACCAGCCCCACCCCUUUCCUUUCUACCCAUUAUUCCUGGGCAGCUUUAAGUGGCAGGAGCUCCAGGGCUGCUCUGCAUGACCUCUGCAAGUUGAGCAAGAGGGAUUUAUGACUGUGUAGAGCCCAGUGCUUGUAGGCAUGGAAUUGCAGUCACCAUCUCCACCAUGAGGUGUUGGGUGAAAGGGCAAGGGCAUGGGCAGGAUGGAGCCAUAGGGCUGCCCUGGAGCAUGUGUCAUUUCAUAAUAAACUAGGGGGCCCUCUUCCAGUGCCUAAGCCCUGCAUUAACACAGAGACCUGGGGGCAGUCAGAGAAGAUCCAACUGCCUGUCUUAGCAGAAGCCCCGGGUCUUGAGAGCUCUUGGUGAGUACUGAAGGUGCAUGUUAGGGAGGCUUGUGGGUUGCCUGGCUGGUGAACAAUGAUAAUGGCAAGCAAGGCUACACUUGCUGUGCUGGGGGUCAGGGAGCUCCUCUAGGCUGUGGAAAGACUGAUGCUCUGGCACUGCCUUCUGGCUGUUCCAAGGACUGGCAUGUCUCCAUGCUGUCCACUCAGUAGGACCCAACACGUGCCUGAUGCUCAGCUGCUUGUCCCUGCCCUGGCCCAGCAAACUGGCUCUUGGGACUUCAAAGCCACUGAUUCUGGCUGCCUAGCUUGCUGGCAGAUCCUCAGGGCUCAGCCAUGUCCCCAGGAAUAUUCCUUCCUUCUCCUGCUGCCAAACCAGCAGGCUCUUGUGAGUCCCCACAGGGCUUGCAGAGCUGUAACCAACAGGACCCUGCACCCAGGCAGCAGUUGUGGCAUAUAGAGACACAUACCUACAGCUGAGGCUCGGCAUUGGUGAGCAACUCUCUUGAUCCUAAAAUCCCUGAGGCCUCCAGAGAUUAUUAACAAGAGCCCACGUACAGCAGCAUGUGUGGGGUUGGAGCGGUUGGUCCCAGUUCUGUGCCUCAAAAGCAUGGACUCUCCUAAUCCAGCAGCCCUUUGUCCUGGAAGCCCCCUGCCCCUCUCCUUGCCAGCACUAAAGUUGGACAGCAGAGGCCCUGGAGCUGCUCUCAACCCCACUGCCCAUCCAGAUGAGGUUAAUUUAAGGAACUCCAUAAAGUUGUCACUUUUCUAAGAUGUGUUGGGUGGGAUCAUUUUGUGCUGAGGACAGAGGCCCAGGGGGCCGGCAGGGUUACUAAUCAUACCUUUCACAGGACCCGAGACAAGGGAGAAUAUCUGAAGACAUUAAUUUUUACCACAAGUGGCUUUUCAGAGACGGGUUACUUCUCUAUGCUCAAAAGGAACCUUUGGGGCUCAAUCUGACCUCAGUUGUGCCAGUGUAGUGCUGGAGUAACUCCAUGGAGUGGGUGAUAUCCAGAUCAAGCCUUUUGCCACAAGGCCAGUGAUGCUAAUUCAGCCCCAAGGAUGUCAGGAGAACAGCUGUUCCCAGCUGUCACCUUUGUAUUGUGCUAGUUCAUAACACAGGUGUCCAUGUUACCCAAACCCUGAGAGAUGGAGACAGCCACAGGGACUGAGCUCCUUAGUCCCACACGGAGCCCAUUGGGUCAGCAGAGAGGCAUGUUGCUGAAGAGACUUGCAGUGAUGCAACCUGUGCUGUCCCUGUAGUGUGGCCUCAGCCACAUCAGUGAGUGUUAGUCCAACCCUCAGACAGUUUGGAAGGAGUUUCCCUGUCUCUGCCUGUUUGAAGCCCCUAGGCUGUAUCUCUUUCACCUGGGCCCAAUUCUGCCUUUGCUUAUCCACAUGCAGAUCCCUUGGUCCCAAUUUAUGGCCAAGAAAAACAAGGCACAGAUGGGUGAAGUAAUUUGCUCAGGGCUUUAGGAGGGAGUUGGUGUCAGCCCUGGGAUCAGAAUGUGAGAGAUCUUGGUUCCCCUGUCUCUUCCUGCCCCACACUUCUGAGUUAACAAUACAUUCUUGCCUGUAACACUGCUCCCACUAACUGCAGUACUCAAGAGGGGCUGAGCAAUGUUCCCUCUAAGAAGUAGCGGUCCGUGAGUGCUCUGCUUCAGUCCUGCCUCCCCCUUUCAGCAUGGCGUGGUCCGCUGGUAAGUGUCCCAAAGUAAGUGUCCAGGUGGGAGUGGGCAGGGUUCAGCCACCACCCUUCUCCAUGC